CAUGCAAUGAAGCUCAAAGCACGAGGUGAAUGCUCUAUGAGCAUCUUGUUAUGAUUAUAUUGUCUACGAAAACUGGAAGUGUAAUUAAAAGAAGCUAUGAAUAAAUUAUCAUAAAGGAAGUAAACAAAGAGGUUGUGUAGUCAGCAAUCAUAUUGAAACCUUCUCACUGUCAAGAAAAUAAUUCGAGAUGACAAUAAUAAAACUCAUUAGAGUUCUUCUGAUUUGCUAUCUGGCUGGCUUCAGCACUGCACAAUAUUCAGUGAGUGUGGAGAGACCAUGUCCAAUGGAAACAGUCACUUUCACCUGCACUGCUGCUGGAAAUCUCUUGAGAUGGAAACUGUCAGAUAGUACUAGUUUUACUAUCGAGAUCACCUCCACCUCUGAUCUCAAUGUACCCAAUUUUGUAUCAGGUUACACUGUGACACUGAUUGCAGCCAAUGACACUACAUUAACAUCCACUCUGUCAAGAACAGCAGAGAAUGGGAUCACUGUGUCGUGUGUGGGGUUUAUGCCUGUAAGCACAAUAGGAUCUUCAACAAUCCGAUUGGUUGAUCCACCAGGACCGCCCUCCAUCAUAAGACACUCCACUUCAAGCAGCUCAGCCAAUGAAGUCAGCGUAUCUGUACAGUGGGACCCUCCUACUGAGACUGGCGGUAGAGAUGGCCUCACCUACACAGUGACCACCUCACCUCUGACCCAGCUCUCUGCUACUGUCCUCACAUCCACCUCUGUCACUGUGACUGCUCAAUUCAAUGUGGACUACACUGUCAGUGUUGUGGCUAUCAAUUGUGCUGGGAACAGUACAACUGCUGAGUACAGUUUUAGGAUUGGUGAGAAUUUUUUUUUUUACUGUGUCAACUUUUUCUCAGGAAACUGUCCUGUAUUGACCGAUCCAAUGAAUGGAGCAUUUGGACCACCUACCAGCAGCUAGGUUGCCAGGAUCCACGGUAACCAUCCAGUGUGACGCUGGGUAUGUAUCUGCUGUUACAAUGGUGACAUGUGAGGGUACACUGAUGUGGAGUCCAGACCCUGAGGCUAUUGAGUGUACAUUACUAACCACACCUACUCCUACAACUCCUCCUCCAAUAAACUGCACAGCUUCACUACCCCCACCAAGGAAUGGUAUUAUCAGUGAUCAUUCAGUACCAGCUAUUCCCGGCACACAAGUUACCCUCCAUUGUGACGAUGAACUGUUCCCUGAGGGAAUAAUGACUGCUACCUGUCUAGCUACAGGAAAGUGGGACGAGGAGAUCGUCUGCAGAGCUGCUCCUUGUAAUUGUGCCAGCCUAUCUGAUGGGAGUCGAUUUGAUGCAGCUGUCUCCAUCAGCGUGGUUGUCACGACAGUUGCGUUCACAAUCAUUGGAUUGUUGAUAGGACUCUUGAUCAUGCAUUUGCUCAUGCGUAAGAAGGCAGCGUACUCCCCGUCAGCUAAAGGACAAGCUAAUGUAGGACCCACUGUACCAGCUGGUCCUGUUUAUGAGGAGGUGUCACCCAAAGAGGAGAUUGAACUGAAUACUAACCAGGCGUAUGGACCAGUAGGACUGUGAAACUUCUAUUAAUGUGCAUGCUCGUGAACGAUUUUAACAACUGUAAACAGCAACAUCUGUUCAUUAAAAGCCAUUACAUCUUUUGUACUAAAAAAGAAGCCAUAUUA